AGCCCAUCUGAAGGGCAAACCGUGCAAUAAUUUGGGAUCUUUUCCCAUUUGAAGGUGUAAUUUUGACCCAUAUCCGUAAAAGAAGGUUUUCUCCACAGAAUUUGCAGAAUGAAACAAAGUAGGUUCUCUCCUAAUUUGUUUGUUUCAAUUCUCCACACAAUUUUCUUUGUUUAGCACUGUAUUUGAAUCUUACAAAAUGGAACCUUGCAAUAAUACUGUGUGUGUGCUGAUGGAAAAUAUUAACAACCUUCUCUGAACUUGCUUGAGUUUUUUGAUUAUUCUGUAAGUCAAGGUCUAUACCCCCAACUUACACUCUCAUCUUAACCGCUCAAAAUUUUAAACCUGAAAAUGACUAGGUGGCCUUCCUCGUAUUGACUACUCCAAAGCUACAGUUGUAAAGCUCAGUAUUAUUGAAUAGAGGAGCAGAGCAAAAAAAUUCUUGAUAUCUUCUCUACCAACUUAAUUUGUAUAAUUUUUAGUGCAGAAAUGGGUUAUCAAAAACUUGCAUUGUUUCUGCUAUAUGUAGCCUUUCUCUGUCAACUUGUUUCCUCUUCAUCCUUACCUCAUUUGUGCCCCAAUGAUCAAGCCCUUGCUCUUCUUCAAUUCAAGCACAUGUUUACCAUAAAUCCUAAUGUUUCUCUUUAUUCUGAAUGUUUCAACUACGCAAUAGACCAAUGGAUAUAUGAUUCAUAUCCGAAAACACUAUCAUGGAACAAGAGCACAGAUUGUUGCUCAUGGGAUGGAGUUUAUUGUGAGGAGUCGACUGGACAAGUGAUUGAGCUUAACCUCUGUGGCAGCCAACUACAAGGCAAGUUUGAUUCUAACAGUAGCCUCUUCCAACUCUCCAAUCUCAAAAGGCUUGAUUUGUCUUUUAAUGAUUUUUCCGGGUCGCUCAUUUCGCCUAAAUUUGGUGAGUUUUCUAGUUUGACAUAUCUUGAUUUGUCGAAUUCAGAUUUUUCUGGUCUAAUCCCUUCUGAAAUCUCUCAUCUUUCUAAAUUACACGUUCUUUAUAUAUGGCAUACCGAUCCAUCUGGGCUUAGAUUAGGACCUCACAAUUUUGAACGGCUCCUUAGGAACUUGACCCAACUAAGAGCGCUUGACCUUACCUAUGUGAACAUCUCUUCCAUCAUUCCUCUAAAUUUCUCUUCUUUUUUAACAACUCUACACGUUGUGGACACACAGUUAUUUGGUAUAUUGCCCGAAAGAGUUUUCCACCUUUCCUACUUGGAAUCUCUUUAUUUAUCAUCCAAUCCCCAGCUCAUUAUUGGGUUUCCCACAACCAAAUGGAAUAGCAGUGCAUCUCUCAUACAGUUAUCUCUUUGCGGCGUGAAUUUUAUUGGUAGGAUACCUGAAUCAUUUAGCUAUCUAACUUCUCUGCGAUGGUUGUACAUGACUAAUACCAAUCUCACAGGGCCUAUUUCUAAACCUAUAUGGAAUCUCACCAGCAUACAAUGGUUAGAUUUGAGCAAUAACAGUUUCACUGGCAAAAUUCAGGAUUUCAAGUCCAAAACAUUGUAUUCAAUUUUUUUAAAUCACAAUCAGCUGCAAGGUCCUAUUCCAAAGUCACUUCUAAACCAGCAGCACCUACGAAAUCUUUUUCUUUCUCAAAAUAAUCUCAGUGGACAAAUUGAUUCAACAAUUUGCAAUCUGAAAAAAUUGAUACUACUAGAUUUGGGAAGUAAUAAUUUGGAGGGAUCAAUCCCCCAAUGUUUGGGUGAGAUGAGUAGGCUUCAGGCUUUGGAUGUGAGCUACAAUAGUCUAAGUGGGACAAUUAAUACAAGUUUUAGAAUUGGAAACACACUCCAAAUCAUUAAAUUGGAUGGGAAUAAGCUACAGGGGAAACUGCCACGGUCUUUGAUCAAUUGUAAAAACUUGACACUACUUGGUUUAGGUAAUAAUGAGUUGAAUGACACAUUUCCAAAUUGGUUGGGAACCUUAACUUAUUUGAAGAUUUUAAGAUUGAGAUCGAAUAAGUUGCAUGGCCCUAUAAAAGAUUCAAGGGCUGAAAACUUGUUUGCUCAAAUUCGAAUAAUAGAUCUCUCAUCCAAUGGAUUUAGUGGAGAAUUACCGGUGAGCCUUUUUGAGAAUUUCCGAGCUAUGAAAACAAUUGAUGAGAACAAUGGAACCCGAGAGUAUGUAGCAAAAACUGGUUUUUACACAAGUUCUUUGAUAGUGACAACAAAGGGAUUGGAUAUUGAACUUCCUCGAGUUUUGACUACAAACAUAAUCAUCAAUCUCUCUAGCAAUAGGUUUGGAGGUUAUAUUCCAAGUAUUAUUGGAGACCUCAUUGGGCUUCGUACAUUGAACUUAUCUCACAACGGCUUGGAAGGUCAUAUACCAGCAUCAUUGCAACAUCUCUCUGUACUUGAAUCGUUGGAUCUCUCAUCUAACAAAAUUGGCGGAGAAAUUCCGCAACAGCUUGCAUCCCUCACAUCACUUGAAGUCUUAAAUCUCUCUCACAAUCAUCUUGUUGGAUGCAUCCCCAAAGGAAAACAAUUUGAUACGUUUGAGAACAGUUCGUACCAAGGGAAUGAUAGAUUACAAGGAUUUCCACUCUCAAGAGAUUGUGGCGGUGUUGGUGGAGUACCACAAGCGAUAACUCUAGUCGAGCUAGAUCAAGGAGAAGAAGGAGAUUCAGCAAUGAUCAGUUGGCAGACGUUUCUCAUGGGUUACGGUUGUGGUCUAAUUGUUGUACUCUCCCUAAUAUACAUAAUGUUGGCAACCCAAAAUCCAACAUGGUUUUCGAGGAUGGUUGAAGAAUGGGAAGACAAGAUUAUUACAAGAAUGCAAAAGCACAAGAAAAGGAAAUAGUGUGUUACCUUGAGGAUUCAAGUCUACUGAGUUUCUGGGAUGCAAAUGAGAACUUUUACUUUCCUAGUUUGUGAUGUUUCAUAACGUGUUUGUUACGCUGUGAACAAAGAGAUGAGUUUUCAUUUAUGAAUGGUUUGUUACAUAUUCAGCCUAUAUUAUUAGUUAGCUAAUUGGAGUCAACUGUAACGUUCAGUUAAUAUGAAGUUAUCUUAUCUUUUUCUUAA